GCAUCUAACUUUUGAGUUUUGUCUUUGUCCCUCAUUUUUCGGUUCGGGUCAGGUUCCCUGGGAACGUCGUCUGGUUUUCGCGACCUCGGCAAUAUUCGGCAUCUAGACCCAGCGCGCCGUGGAUUGUUUAUCUGUUGCGACUUGCAUUUGAUCGGUUUUGUUCAGUUGGUGCAUCGCUAGUACUUAAUUAGUAUAUAGAGAGCAGUUAGGAGCUAUGGGAAUAUCUAAUAGUAAGUUGGAGCCGGACGAGCUCAAAACUUUUAAAAAACUGCCAGAAAGCGUCCAUUUGGCAGAUAUCAAUGUACCAGAAAAAAUAGAAAACCGAAGGCUGACAAAUGGAAAAUGGCUCAUCAUUCUUGGAGUUUUUACUUUGAUUUUCCUACCAUUUAUGGCUUAUACUCUAUCUUACUCAGACAUUCAACGGUUGUUUGUUGGAUACGACCAAUGCGGCAACACGUGCGGAAAAGUCAAUUAUCGUUGGGAAGGAAUUCCAUGCUCUGGAAAGAACAAGACCAAUUACCCUUACUUGGAGAUAUAUGACUCAGACAGAGGUAACCAUAAUGGAUUUACAUGGAUUUUGCAACCAAGAAGUUGUGUUGAAAAUUGUCGGAAUGAUCAAAUAGAGCUGAAUGGGAAAUGCUUUGCAAGCCGAGAAAGAAGGGACAUAUACGGUAGAACUAAACAUGAUAUGGAUAUUAAUGACUAUUUUUCGACAGUUAAAAUGCAUAUUAUUAUCUCAUGUCUUUUUUCCAUUGUGAUCGCUACUGGGAUUCUCAUGCUAUUUCGCCAUGCUAUAACAUUUAUGGUUUGGUUUAUUUUAAUUGCUUCUGUUGGUGCUUUUAUAGUACUUACUGCAAUUUUAUGGUUCUUUGCCCUUUCAAUCGAGACCGAUUAUAUGUAUUCAACAAACCACGGUAAAAAUUUACGAAUUCUAGCAUCAGUAUUCACUGUUAUCGCUAUAAUUAUGGUGGUCCUUUUAAUAUGGUCUAGGAAGAAGAUAAAAUUGGUCAUAAUGUUAUUGAACGAGACAACUAGAGCCGUAUUGGAUAUGCCUGGAUUGAUUUUUGUACCAGUUGUGUCCUGCGUUGCUACAAUCGCAAUACUCUUUAUCUUUGGUGCACUAUAUAUGGCGUUAUUGUCCGCUGGGAUCUUGAGUAAAAUAGGCUCUGAGUUCUAUUUUUACGAACAAAACACUGCAAUGAUUAUAACACUGAUUUACGGCUUAGUUUUGUUCCUCUGGUUAUGUCAGUGCAUCCAAGGGACGCAGUUUAUGAUUAUAAGCGGAUCGAUUUCUAACUGGUACUUCACUAGAGACAAGGUGUUCCUGCGAAGCCCAAUUACUAAAGCCAUUGCGAUAACGUUCAAGCGCCACAUGGGCACGGUGGUCUUCGGUUCUUUCAUUCUCACUAUUGUUCAAAUUAUUAAAAGUGCAAUUCAAAGUCUAACUAAAAAUGAUAAGUUUGCUUGUUUAGUCGAAUUUUGUCUUGAUCAGAUGGAAGCUUUCUUGAAAUUUUUAUCUAGGAAUGCCUAUAUUGUAACUGCAAUUCAUGGACAAGCUUUUUUGCGAUCUGGCAAAAGAGCUGCUAGAUUAAUAAUGCAAAACAUCAGGGAUAUUAUCGCAAUUAACUACAUUGGAGAUUUAAUUAUUGGGAUGGCGGUCCUGUUGGUGAUGAUCCUUUCACUGCUAGUUUGUUGGUUAAUCUUAUUUAUGUUCCCUGAAGAAACGCCGGAAGUCGGCCACCUUUUUACGUACUUAAUUGUCGGAAUUGUUUCUCUUUUUGUGGGAGCUAUUACCUUUGGAGUAUAUGAGACAACUAUGGAAACCUUGUUUAUAUGCUACUGUGAGGAUCUAUUGAUAAACAACGGAAUGGAAAAACCCUUCUUUAUGUCCAGGAAUCUUAUGGAGUUCGUAGAGGAAUCCAAAAAGGUUUAUAGAAGCAAGAAAAACACCAAUAAUAUUUAAACCAUUUUUUUUCCUUUACUCCUUUCAAUGUAAAUUUGAGAUCUUUUGGUUUCAGUUAAAACUGGUUUUUAACCAGUUUAUUUACCUUAUUUUCGUUGGCUACUUAUAAAUUAAAGAAUGUGCUAUAGCAUAAAAGAAACCUAAGGGACUAUAAUGACUGUGGUUUUUUACCAAGUUGACAAUAGAUAGGUUUAUAUAAGUUAGGAGAGAGGUUGUUUUUUGCAUAAUAUUAUAUCAAUAUAUUAUAUAAGUACGUGUUUCAUGGCCAUUUUUAUACUAUGUAUUUAGUUCAUAGUAUGUUAUUAGAUUAAGUAUAUUUAGUUUUAUUACAGUUGUGUAUAAAAAAUGUUUAGUUUUGUCUGUUUGCUUUUGUUUAUUGUACACUACUGAAUUGAUAUUUUUUGAGUUUUUUGUUUAUUACAAAGAUUAAUAACUAUUAUCCGCAUAUAUAAAUUUACCAAAAAAUACAAUAAACAAAGGCAUUGAUAAUUUAUUGAAUAUUUUAUUCUAAUUUAUGAAUUUCUAUAGUUUUUUAUAUCUGGUAAUAAAUAAUUCCGUUAUAAAAAAAGUGUUUUUUCGAAUAAAUAGAUCUUGUCUUUGUAUUUUUUUAAUAUUGAUAUUUC